AUGACUGUCGCUGAUCAUCGCAACCCCCAAUUUCCCCUCUUCCCCAACAAACACCGAACUAUGGAUAUCUACGAUUAUGUCCAAGGGGAUCUAUUCUCCUCCAGCAAUCAAACAGAAAAGGACGAAUCCCAGCAGGGUACAACCAACACGAACCAACCCGCCGUCGAUUUGAACACCGAGCUACAGGAGACCUUCCGCGCCUUCUCCGCAAGCCCUUGGGGCUCACGCCUCGGCGACAUCUGGGGCAACGUCCGUAAACAUGGUGAAAGCUACUACGAAGGCGCACGACAGGAAUACGCCGCCGCCAGCGAAGAAGCCGUCAAAGGAUUCACCGGCCUCAAAGAUAGCCUUGUGGGGCGGACAAGGGGCCUAUCGCUCAGCACAGCGUUUGGCACCACCGCUGAGCGAGGAACAACGGACGGCUCUCUAACUCCUACGGAAUCUUGCGCUGCGGGAGGCUCCUCCAAGACAGAACAGCAGCAGGAUGGUGGCGACAAGAAGACUGCCGGAGGCGAGAGCUUCCUCGCCCGUUUCAAGACGGAGGCGGCUCGACGGCUGAAGGAGCUUGAGAAGGCAGAGGAAGCAGCCGACGAGGCGAUUCUGCGCUUUGGAAUGAAUAUCACACAGAAAUUGAGGGAGGCUGUUACCAUUGUUCCCCCUGAGGAAGAGUCUGGGUUAGACUCGAAGGUACUUUUUGAGAGCAAGGAUGCUGAGGGCAAGAGGGUUAUCCAUGCGACGCGCUUCGAGGCCCAGCUUCAUGUCAUCCACACAACGCUUGACAGCUUCCUCAAGGACCCUGUGAGUGACGAGUGGCCUGCUUUCCAAAAUUCGUUCAGCAUCGACGACAAGACUUCUGCUAUCGCUGCGGAUCUCGAAAAGUACCCGGAGUUGCGCACUUCGAUGGAAAAGCUUGUGCCAGAGAAGGUGCAAUACGCGGACUUCUGGUCUCGGUACUACUUCCUCCGUCUUGUUAUUGAGACUGAGGAGCAGAAGCGGAAGGAACUUUUGAGGGGCGCUAGCGUCGAAGAAGAGGAAGAAGUAGGCUGGGACGACGAUUCGGACGACGACACCGACUCUCCCUCCACGCCGCAAGUCUCGGACAAGAAUAAGGCAAACAAUGUCGCUCCCGCACAAUCCUCCGCCGACUCAAAAACACUAAAACCAAACGAACCGCGCCGAUCAAACGACCAGGGUUCCCAGCCGGACAGCGAGUCGAGUUAUGACCUCGUCAGCGGCACCACGAGUCGAACUCCGGCUAGUCCCAAGGAGAAAUCCAAAGACGAUGACAGUGAUGAUGACUGGGAGUAGAAAGUCCUCCAUACCUCCUUGCUGCAUAUCAGGCAGGACUGUGUGCACAGACAAAUAUGGAUAUUUUCGCCACCAUUCAGUUCCAUCUACUUCGACCACUGGAUGAUUGAAGAGAUGCGACUAGGCGAGACAGAAGGAGUUGGGUCGGUGUUGUUUCUUCUCUCUUUUGCUGUUGUUUUCCAGUGGGCGUCCAUUAUUGGUCUUUACUUUAUUUUCUUACCCCUAGCGAUAAUCCUCGGCACUAAGUACACAGUCUAUAUUCCCCAA